CUCCGAGAAAAAAAAUGGCGUUUGGUUUGAUCAGAAGAGUUGUUGGAACGAAGCCGUCGAGGUUAUCCACGGCGGCGCAAUUGAUUCCGGCGAGAUUGACAGGAUCAGGACCAGAAGCACAAACGAAAGCUUCUCCCGGCGGCGGAGGAGGAGCGAACCUGAAAACGUUUCAGAUCUAUCGAUGGAAUCCAGAUAAUCCCGGGAAGCCUGAGCUUCAGGAUUACAAAAUCGAUCUCAAGGAUUGUGGUCCGAUGGUUCUAGAUGCUUUGAUUAAGAUCAAAAACGAGAUGGAUCCGUCGCUCACUUUCCGUCGUUCGUGCCGAGAAGGUAUCUGCGGCUCGUGCGCUAUGAACAUCGAUGGAUGCAACGGUCUCGCUUGUUUAACGAAGAUCGAAUCGGGAUCGUCGGAGACGACAAUCACGCCGUUGCCGCAUAUGUUCGUGAUUAAGGAUUUGGUGGUGGAUAUGACGAAUUUUUAUAACCAGUACAAGAGUAUCGAGCCGUGGUUGAAGAGGAAGAAUCCAGCGUCUGUUCCUGGGAAGGAGAUUCUACAGAGCAAGAAGGAUAGAGCUAAGCUUGAUGGAAUGUAUGAAUGCAUUCUCUGUGCUUGUUGUAGUACUUCUUGCCCUAGCUAUUGGUGGAACCCUGAGUCUUAUCUUGGCCCAGCUGCUUUGCUCCAUGCCAACAGGUGGAUAAGUGAUAGCCGAGAUGAGUACACUAAAGAAAGACUAGAGGCUAUUAACGAUGAGUUCAAGCUGUAUCGAUGUCAUACGAUCUUGAACUGUGCUCGUGCUUGUCCAAAGGGAUUGAACCCAGGCAAACAGAUCACACACAUCAAGCAGCUUCAGAAAUCUGGUUGAAGAACUCAAUGACGCAUUCUCCAAUGGACUUUUGAUGCUAAUAAAAUCUGCUAGAUACUCCAAUUUUGUGUAUUCAUUCUUGUAUUGCUGUUUUAAAGAGCAGAAUAUAUGAGUUUUGUGGUCUAUAAUUCUGAAAUUCAUUGCCUAUAACAAGCAAGCAAACUGUAAAGUUAAACCCUUUGCCUCCACAUUGCCUUUAUAU